AAGAUAUAUAAAGGCUGACUGGUCUCUGUCUAUUGUCUCUUCAACUGCUCUGCCUCUCAACACUUCAAAAGACAAACUCCAGUUCACUCAUCCUCUCCGCAUCAGGCAUUGCUAAGGCAAAGAUGAAAUCACGUUUUCACUUGGCUUUCUGCCUCUGUUUGAUCAGUGGACUGUUGAUUUCAGAAACCUGGUCUACAAACGUGGAAAAACGCAGCGCAGGCUGUCAUGGGGGUUGGAGACGUUAUGGCGCUCGAUGUUUCCUUCGUGUGGGCUUUGCAGCUAAAAUGGAUGAGGCAGAGCGCCACUGCAUUGAUCAUGGUGGACACCUGGCCUCAAUCCACAGCUACGGUGAACAGCAGUUUGUUAGCAGUCUGGCUGGUGGACGUUCCUGGAUUGGGUUGCAUGACUUAAUAUUGGUAAGAAACUGUAAACCAACCUUGUAA